UCUCUCACUCACACACACACACACAGGGAGAGAGAGCUCCACCUCCCCCAUGUGAUGUGAAGGCAUCCUUUCCUCCUCCUUGCCUUAUCAUCACAGCACGCACAAUUCUGUAAAGAGAUUCACUGCACUGCUGCAGCAUUUUGUUUUGCUGCCUGCUCUCUCUUCCUUCCUGGAGCUUGACAGAGCCUCCUUCUCCUUCCCUCUUCUCUGAUUGCAUCCACUGUUGCUCACCUUCUUCUUCUUCUCUCCUUGUGUUGAUUGAUUCCUUGCCUCCAACUUCUCACUGUUCCUGGCGGCAGGUUCCUCUGUUCCGGUGGUUGUUGGUUCUGUUCUUGCUGACAGUUUGCCCUGUUCUUCUCUGCAUCGAUCUGAACUUCGUUGCAGAUUCAACUUCCAUACUGUUCAUCUGACCUUUUGAGUGGGAGGAGACGAGGAGUGUCUCUGUUUAGAUUAAGAAGGCAUCUUCUGCUUCUGUGUUGAUGCCUUGCUUGGCUUCCCUCUGAUGGUGAAUCCGAGCUAGGUUGCUGUGGAAGCAAGGAAGCAGGGGAGACCAUUAGGAAGGCAGGAAAGAAAAGAUGCGACCUUUGAGCAGGCUAGGCGUCGGGCUCACGGUGGUGUCGGCGCUCCUCCUCCUCGCGCUCGCCGCCGAGCUCUACUACCUCCUCGUGCACAAGCGCCGCCAGCGCCGCCGUGCCGCCGCCAUCUCCGACGCGGCCUCCUCGCCGUCGUCCUCCUCGCGCGAGCUGCUCCAGCUCUUCUGCUUCAAGAAGACGCCGGCGCUCGCGUCCACCACCUACGCGCAGGAGCCGCGCGCCGGCGAUGCCGAGGCCGACCACGAGGAUGACGACGACGACGACGACGGCGACGACACGGUCGAGGGGCAGCUCAUGCGGCUGGGCAGCCUCGUCGGCCCGUCGCGGCUGCUCUUCACCAUCAAGGAGGAGACCAAGGAGGACCUCGAGUCCGCCGACGGCCGGAGCAGGUGCGGGAGGAGCCGGAGCCUCGGCGACCUGCUGCAUUGCCCGGAGACGCCGUUCCUCACGCCGGCCUCCUCGCCCCUCCCGCCGGCGAUGGAGAGGUCGUACAACCCCCUGUUCGAGUCUCCGGCCGCGAGCCCUACCACCAUCGCCAAGUCACCGCCGCCCAAGCUCCAGUUCCUCAAGGACGCGGAGGAGAAGCUGUACCGGCGGGCGCUGGAAGAGGAGGCUAAGAGGGCGGCGCGGGGGUCGCCGUCGCCGGUGGCCGGCGAGGAGGACGGCGGGUACAUCACCAUCGUGGUGGGGAAGAACACCCGGGUCAUCCCCUUGCCUUCGCCUCCCCGUACCUCUUGAUAACUUGUCUGAUGCAGUCAAGUGUUCUAGCGUAGCCUCUUCGGUGUGAUCUUUUUUCGAUCAUUCCAAUUGUAAGAUUGGAUGUAUAUACAUGAACAUGCUGAGGAAUUCAGAACUUGAGAUCAAUAUAUUUUCUUUUU